AUUUGCUAACUUCAGUUUUGUUAUUGUCACUUUGUAAGUUAACCUCAAACAAAUCGAUUUUGUAAAAUUAUUAAAACUAACAGUAAAUUUCACAAUGAAUUCACGCUUCGAUAACCAUAAACAUUACAAUGACAGACGUCCAUUCAAGCGAAAGGGAAGACACCCGUACAAGCACCGUCCGGAUACCACGAAGUACGGAAUAAUCCAUCGAGUCCGCACACAGACCGGUGUUCGAUCACAAAUCGUUCUCGUUUACAAUCCCCAAUUGUACGAGCCUAUAUCGGUCUUAAAUAACGCGACUCAACGUUUCAAGGGGCAGAUUCAAAUUCAAAACAGUGGACCAGAUCCUAACGAUAAAAGCCGUUCGUGCUUUUCGUUGAACGUUAAUAAUGAACGAAUAUCGCACGGCUCAUACUUGCAGGAGAGCACGGCGAAGAAGCAUCUGUACGAGUUGGCGAUUGAAAAUUUGAGGAAGACAUGCUUCUCAAUACUUCGUAAAACCUUACCACGCGACAGUCCUGCAGUUACCUUGGAUUCGAGUACAAGUGACACAAACGUCCAACCCCAAACCGCUGUAGGCGGAAUCGGCGCGAAAAUGAUGCUCAAAAUGGGCUGGGCUGGCGGCGGUCUCGGCGCCCAGGCCCAGGGUAUAACGGACAUCGUGCAACCCACCCAGCAGAUUGAGAGGAAAGGUUUCGGUACCCACAUCACGAUUCCCAUUGACAAGAUACGCGAAAUCCUACAAGGCUACGUCGAAUCGGAUAACAUCAACGGGAUAUCGUUUUCGCCCGAUUUCACGAAGGAAGAACGCUCCGUCAUCCACUCGGUCGCGCAGAAGAUGAACUUGAAAUCGACGAGUUACGGAACGGGAGCGGAUCGCCGCCUGGUCAUACAGAAAAAGCUUGACCCGUGGCAGCUAGUGCAUAAGCUUUUGGAGGUUGGGGGCGAAAACGAACAAUAUCAAUUAGUAAUGCCGACGGAGUUUGUAAAUAAAUGAACUUUUAAUUUGUU